CAUUUGGAUGGUACUUUUAGAUAAAAGUAUCGACUUUCGCUACUAUCCAGUUCUGAUUUCAAAGGGAAGAGACAAUUCAGUUCCUGUAACUAACAAAACAUGAAACUUGUUUGGUGCGUCCUUGUUUUGUGCAUCUUAUCAACAUCUUAUGGAACUGCUUUACCUGAAGAAGAUGAUUUGGAAUCUAUAAAUGACAUUGAUGAAAGUGAAUUAGGAGAGACCUACCAUAAGAGAGCUGCUUUACUGGAUGAAGACGAUUUGGAAUCUAUAAAUGACAUUGAUGAAAAGGAAUUAGGAGAGACUGACCAAAAAAGAACUGCUUUAACAGAUGAAGACGAUUUGGAUGAAAUAAAUGACAUUGAUGAAAGGGAUCUAGAAGAGAACGACCAUAAAAUAGAGAAGAGAUGGGGUAAAGUAAGACUAACCAAAAUAGUGUUGAAAAAACUGGCAAAAGAACUGAGAAGAAACGGAUCAGUGGCAAGACGAGCUGUGAAACGACUUGAAUCCUGGACUGGAGGUCGUCUGAGUGCAAACAAGAUUACAAAUGUUAUAGAAGGAGUGGCUGAUAGACUCAACAGAUACGAAACUGCAACGUGUAACUUCUUUGCAGGUGUUGCUGCCAGACUUCGUAUUCCCAGAUGGAUUGGGUACAAAAUUUGCCAACUAGCAAUUUACUUGCUUUUGUAAAGUGAAAUAUGAUUAAAAAUGAACCUAGAAAA